AGCCCCGCUGCUGGCAACGACCGACAAAAGUGCGGCCGACGUCAGUCGCAAUAGUAUUGUAAUAGACACAGUGAUUUGUGCCGUCGUCCCUGAUGGUAAUUGAAUUAACGUUAAUUUGUGCGUAACGCGGUGGUUUCCGUGUACCCGUUCUGACCGGCAAAAUGUGUUCAUAAACUCGAACAAUCUCAAAUAUAAUAAUAAUAUUACCCAUCCACCUAAUAGGUGUAUAAAAUUACAAAGUUACUUGUACACUGGAAAACGAUCAAAAUGAGAAUACACACUGUUCUUGUGGCGACCGUCUUUGCUUUUUUGCCAUAUUCGGAUAUCGUAUCCGCCGACACCGACACCGACCAGAAUUUGCUGAUCAUAACAGUUGCGUCUGAAAAAACCGAUGGCCUUAAACGAUACCUUCAUUCGGCCAACACUUACAAUCUCAAAACCAAAAUAGUCGGUCUCGACAAACCAUGGUUGGGCGGAAACAUGAAAAGCGUGGGCGGCGGCUACAAACUUAAUUUAUUUCUCGAAGCUCUCGAGCCAUAUAAGGACAACGACAACUUGGCUGUUCUACUGACUGAUGCGUACGACGUAGUGUUGUUAGCAAACAGCAGCACAAUUUUAAACAAAUUUAACAAAUUUGACGCUUCAAUCGUGUUUUCUACCGAAAAAAGUUGUUGGCCGGACGUUAAAUUAGCCAGUCAGUAUCCUGUGGUCGAACAGGACGGUUAUCGAUUCAUAAACUCUGGAGCUUUCAUCGGCUACGCGAGCGAACUGUAUAAACUCUUGUCGGAAAAACCUAUAAAAGAUUUGGACGACGAUCAAUUGCACUUGACAAAGCUGUUUUUAAACGCCGAACUUAGAGAAAAACUUAACAUCAAGUUGGACAACUAUGCCAGUCUGUUCCAAAGUCUUUACGCCGUCGAAGACGACGUCAGGUUGAGGCUGGUCAACAAAUCGUACGUGCUGGAAAAUGUACGUUUCAAUACUCAUCCGGCUCUGGUUCACGGCAACGGAGUGUCCAAAAUGACGUUAAACAGCUACGCAAAUUAUAUACCCAACAAAUGGUCUCCCGAAAUAGGAUGCGAUUUCUGCAAAGACGGCAAUUUGGAUUUGUCCACUUUAAACCAAGAAAACUAUCCGAUAGUUUUGAUAUCUGUAGUUAUCGACAGGCCUACGCCGUUCUUUGAAGAGUUUUUGGAAAAAAUCCAGAACCUUGACUACCCAAAAACUAGGAUAUUUCUAUCAAUAACAACAUUGGUAGCCUACCAUAAAGACCAAGUGGAUCGUUUUAUUUCUAGAGUAAGCGAUCAAUACAACGGCACGUUUGUUUUCCAUAAGACCGCCGACGACGGCAUUCACUCUCGUCAUUUUGCAUUUUCGCUGUGCACGAGCAAGUCGUGUGAUUACUUAUUCUACGUAGAAAGCGAGGCACACUUGGACAACUCCGAAGUGUUAAAAGUAUUAAUCCAACAGAACAAAAAAAUAAUUGCCCCAAUGUUAACGCGGCCUUUUAAGGCGUGGUCAAACUUUUGGGGCGCUUUAUCUAAAGAUGGAUUUUACGCUCGGUCGUUUGAUUACAUGGAUAUUGUCAAUUACAACAAAACAGGCGUAUGGAACGUACCAUACAUAGCAACCUGUUACCUGAUGAAAGGCAAAAUUUUAGAUAACAAAAUCACUAGACCUUCGUACAAACAAGAAGACAUGGACUACGAUAUGGCUUUUUCAAAAUCGUUGAGGGACAAAGGAGUUUUUAUGUAUGUCGAUAACCAAUACACGUACGGUCAUUUGAUCGAUUCGGAAACGUUUGACACUACUUUGAAACACCCCGAAGUCUAUCAGUUGUUCGAAAAUCGAUACGACUGGGAACAACGCUACAUUCAUCCGGAAUAUAUGGAAAACUUUAACCCCGACAAGGACCCCGCACAGCCUUGUCCGGACGUUUUUUGGUUCCCCAUCGUCACUGAAAAAUUCUGCACAGAGUUCAUCGACAUCAUGGAAAAUUUCGGUCAAUGGUCUGACGGCACGAACAACGACCCGAGAUUGGACACCGGAUACGAAGCCGUGCCGACCAGAGACAUUCACAUGAGACAAGUCGGUUUGCACAAAGUGUGGCUUAAAUUCUUAAAGCUAUACGUUUCCAGAUUGCAAGAGCAUGUGUUCCUCGGCUAUUACUCGGACGGACCUCCACGUUCGAUAAUGAACUUUGUCGUCAAGUACAACCCGCACGGUCAGGCUUCGUUGAGGCCUCAUCACGAUUCGUCUACUUACACGAUAAACAUCGCCUUGAACAAGCCCGGUAUAGACUAUCAGGGCGGUGGUUGUCAUUUCCUGAGGUACAAGUGUAAAGUGACCGACAUGAAGGUCGGUUGGAUGUUAAUGCACCCCGGACGACUGACUCACUAUCACGAGGGUCUUGAAGUGACCAACGGCACAAGAUACAUUAUGAUAUCUUUCGUCGACCCGUGAACGAAACAUAUUUCUCGAUACGCUAGAUUAAUUAACUAUUGAAACGACGACGUCUCUCUCUUGCUUUUUUAUGUUUCUUUCUUAACAAUCUUUUUGACUCUUUUGCUUUUUUUAUUUAUACUAAAUAAAUCAAAUUUUUAUAA